AUGCAGCCGCUCACAGACCCUGUCGCUCCGGAGCUCAACGUUGCCCACAACAGGCGGCACCCACACCCUGAGCGAGCCACCAGUGAGCAUGACAUGUCGAGUGCAAUCCAUAGGCGGGGCACUGGAUCAGGUGCCACAGUGACCACGCUCCUGCUUGAGGAAACCAUUCCUCCCACAGCCUUUCAGCAAAGUGCCCUAGAACUCAGGGCCAUUAUCCCCGGCCCUCGAUGGACAACUCCAGGCGCCGACAGCGCUCCGGACUGGAUUGACUGUGAUUUGAGCCCCCUUUUAUGCGAUUUGAGGGUACCGGAACGUUUCCGACGUGAGUUCGCAAGUCUUCCGAUCUGGACGAGGGACACCCCGUUGCCUGGACUCACGCAAAUCGCGGUCUACACAGACGGCUCGGCACCUGGACAGCCAGGCGCAGACCUCUACCCAGCAGCCUGGGCAUUUGCAGUAUGGGCGGUGACACCAGCUGCCAACUUCUUCAUCGGAGCGGCAGCGCAUUCAGCAGUCCCCGCAGACACACCCUUCUUCCUAGGCGAGGCUAGAGACGAUGCGGUCACAGGAGAGCUGCUUGUGCUGGCGUGGGCGCUCAGUUGGGCGCUUGAAUUCGGCCCGGCGUUUGGGGUGCCUUUUGUUUUCCGCUUUGAUGCCACAGGAGUAGGUUAUGGCUCCUUUGCUGCGGCACAACAGGUCUCCUACCCCACACCCGUUGACGGGCUCAGCCUGCCGGCCUUUGUAGGUGCUGCCCGACAGGUCCUGGAAACCAGAGUACCUGUCUGCCAUGAGCAUGUCCCGGGACACAGUGGCGACACAGGUAACGAACUAUGCGACCAGCUUGCCAAGAAGGCACGUCGAGAACACGAGAGCUACUACGACCGAUGCCUGCCUGCGUGGCCUGCCCAGUGGCGCCAACACCACAUGGCACAAUGGGGUUGGCUGGCACACCCUGGUGCGCCCGAUCUUCCAUGCUUGGCUGCAUUUGAAGCCGAAUCUAAGCGACUUCAAAGUAACUGCCCAGCCGGUAACUACCCGGCACAAGGCUUGAGCCAGGCCAAGCAUCGAGCCAGUGAUGUCCGCUACCAUUUCCGCCUCAUGACCUACAACAUUCUUACCAUGUUCGAUCCAGGAGCGCCACAAGGCAGAAAGCUCCGCUCAGAAAGCCAUGGCUUGAGAGUCAUGGGCAAACGACAGCUCGUCAAGCAACAGAGACCCGGCUGCCCACCACCGGACGCCGACUUUUACAUGUAUAGUGCAGCGGCCAAUGAGCGGGGGCACGGUGGAUGUUCCAUCUGGAUUAGCAAGACCUGUGCCUAUGCCACGGAUGGAAGGCGUGCAUUGUGUGUCGCACCGGACCAUGUCACGGUGCUGGGCAGCUCACAUCGCCAUCUUCAUCUGCUGCUUGAGGCCCCCCGAUUGUGCCUCCAAAUCCUUGUGGCUCACUGCCCCAGGGCCAGCACCUGUGGAUCCGAAGCACCCAGAGACUUUUGGAAGAGUCAUCUCGAGACACUGUCCCAUCAUUCCAGUCACGCCGACACCAUAGUGCUUGCAGAUGCGAAUGGCCGCCUUGGAGAAGUAGUCACUGAAGCAGUUGGUGACACAGGUGCAGAGCCAGAGGACACCGAGGGAACCGCAUUUCACAACUUCUUGCUUCAAACCGCCUGUUUCCUGCCAGCCACCACAGCAAGCCACUCGGGUACGCACCAUACCUGGUACGGCCCGGAUCCUAGUGUCAGUCAUCGAAUUGACUACAUUGCGGUGCCUCGACAUUGGAAAGACAAGGUGCUUUCUUCCUGGCUCUGGUCAUCCUUUGAGGCUCUGCAAGCCCGCCAGGAUCACGUUCCGGCAUGCCUGGAGGUCGGCUUUGUGAAGGCUGUCCCCGCUGACAGCCACAUCCGGGCAAAGAGGACAGCGUGUAGGCCGGAUCAGGUACACCGCGGCAGCCGAGCAGCCGCAACGGCUUUCCACAACCUGCCAAUUGUGCCUUGGUCGACGGACCUUGAUUCACACUACGACUUGUGGGUUCACCGCAUCAAGAAUGCUGCUGAACCUUUCUGCGCAGCACCGGCAGUUCAACCUACACAAGACUACCUGCAAGCACCCACACUCGACUUGGUCAACCGACGACGGGCUCUACGGAAGUAUCUCGAAGCCGAGGAAAUCGAGCGGCGGCGCCGAUUGCUCUUGAUAGGUUUUGCCGGCCUGCUACACAAUCUCCGCGGAUCAACCUUCGAGUUGCGACACAGGCACACAGCUGCAGCCUGGCUCUUUCAAAUUGAUUUCAGCAUUGCACAGGCAGUCAACCUACUCCGUGAAACCACUAGAGCAAUUAAAGCAGCUGUAGUGCGGGAUCGCAUAGCAUACUUGGAUUCGCUCCGUGAUAACGUAGCCCUCCAAGAUAGCCGUAAUCCCAAGGCCCUUUAUGCGGCAGUCAGGAAAGCCUUCCCCCCUGCCAGAUCCUCACGGCGGUCGGCUUACCAACCACUUCCAGCGGUCCGAUUAGCUGAUGGCACUUUGGCCACCAGCAGGGCUGACUGCCUGGCAAGAUGGCGUGAAUUCUUCGGCAGCCAAGAAGCGGCUGAGAUAGUCACUCCUGAGUCUUAUGCAGACAGGUUUGCACACCCAGACAUUCCUGUUCUGCCGGAGGGUCCCGUGUUCCACAUCCGUGAGGUCCCGACCCUAAGUGCCCUGGAGCGGCAUGUGCUCCGGGCCAAGCCUUGCAAGGCUUGUGGCGCCGACGGAAUCACCAGCGAGCUCCUCCAGAUUGCACCUGCAGCCACGGCUCGCUCGCUUUUCCCUGUCUGCUUGAAGACCACUCUCGGAGUCCGCGAACCAUGCGAAUGGCGCGGUGGCACCCUGCUCAGCUUAGCCAAAAGGGCUUCCACUGCCCUUGAGUGCAGUGGCUACCGCUCCAUUCUUGUAGAAAGUGUCGCUGCCAAGCUCCACCACCGCAACAUUCGAGACCUCCUCCUGCCGUCACUGGAGACAUAUUGUGAUGAGCUUCAAGCCGGGCAGCUGCAAGGCAUAGGUGUAGACACGAUAGGUCUGGCGGUCCGCACCUACCAACAUUGGGCCUUGAGUACCGGUCAGGUCUGUGCAUUGACGUAUUUUGACGUCAAAUCUGCAUUCUACAGGGUUAUUCGACAUGCCCUCGUCCCCACAGGUACGGAUGCCGACGACUCCCGGUUGUUACGUCUUCUGCACGACCUCAAUGUACCGGCAGCUGCACUGCCGGAGUUAGCCAGACACCUGAAUGGCCUCUGCAUUUUGCAGGAGGCCCAAGUUGGAGGCUUCCUUCAGGCACAGAUCUCCGACCUUUUCAGAGGAUCGUGGUUUAGGUUGGAUAAAGACGGGGUAGCAAUGCUCACGGCCAGGGGGUCCCGACCAGGGGACCCCCUGGCGGAUGUCCUCUUCGCCUUUACCUUUGGGUCUUACGUCCGGGCUGUGAAGGAGGCCUUGGCCCUGAAAGGACUUUCAACGCCUGUCCCAGAGGCCUCGUCUCCCCCACCUUGGCACACCUGGGAAGCGGUGUCCACACUUGGCCUGCCGGCUUGGGCAGAUGAUUACACCCACCUCCAAACCGCGCCAAGAUCGGCCGAUCUUAUAGAUAGGGUUGUAAGAGCCACCAGCCUGGUUGUGGAGCAAGCGACCUGUCUGGGCAUGACCCUUACUUUUGCGCGCGACAAAACAGCGGCGCUCCUCUCGAGCAAUUGCUCACGUACUGAGGGCCCACAUAUCCAGGUCGACGAAGAGGAUAAACCCUACAUACUUGUCAGCGACGCAGUCGCGUGUACCACACAUCGACUGCCUGUCAUUGACGCCUAUCGGCAUCUGGGGAGCAUUACUGUGGCCAAUUCCACACCUGACCCUGAGAUACGAUUCCGAGUCGCCGCUGCUCACGGCAUGCUGCGUCCCCUCAGUCGUAAGCUGUUCUCUAACAGUCAGGUUCCGCUCAGCCUCCGCCGGACGCUUCUCCAUAGCCUCGUCCUUUCCCGUUUCACGUUCUCCAGUGCGACGAUUGACUUACAUGCGUCGCAACACCGCAGGACUUGGUGUCGACACUACGUGCUUCUCUGGCGAGGACUGUUGAGAUGGAAGGACAGGGAGGACAGCCCACACAGCUACGCUGUCCUCCAGGCCGCCCGCGCCCCGUCCCCACUACUAGCGUUAGCCCAGGCCAGGGCAUCCUUUUUUGGGCGACUCUUACAAAAAGGACCAGGAGCGCUCCUGCAUCUCCUUCACACCCACUGGCUGCAGGCCCCUCAGAAGUCCUGGUUGGGCAUGUUCCUCCUGGACUUGAAAGCAGUAGCAGUGUAUGUUCCAGCUGCGGCUGCUUUGCUCCGCAUGCCGUGCCCAAUAACCGCGCUAGUAGAAUCGAUGCAGGACUCACCCAUGUGGUGGAAGUCACGCGUCAAACAGGCCAUCCGAGGAUACUGUGAGGACCUCAUGGCAUGGACACCCUCACAUACCGGAGCUAGGCUCCCACGCCCACUAUCCGAGGAGAGGCCGUUCGCAUGCGACCUAUGUGGCGACCGUUUCGUCCUGAGAAAACACUUAGGCGUGCAUUUGGCGCGCAAACAUGGCCGCCUCAGCCCUUCGCGGCACUAUGCACUAGGGUCGCACUGCCAUGCCUGCAUGAAGCACUAUCAUUCGGUGCGCCGUGUUCAGGCCCACCUGAAGCAUUCCUCAUCCUGCCUCGCGCGCUUGCUACACGUCUUCCCGCCUCUUUCUGUUGAACAGAUUACGGAGGUUGAAAGUGUUGAGGUCAAAGCAAUGCGUCAGCUCAGAGGCGGAUGUUGGGGUGCCUAUGUUGCAGCCUUGCCUGUGCAGCAGGCCUUCGGGCCUAGACCACCCAUUUACACUGAAAUCACCGGUGGGGAAGGUUCUGAGGACUUAGACCUGGCUAGACUUGCCAGACUCUUUCGUCCCUCUCCCACCACUGUGAGCUGGGUCAUGGACCACAUAGCUCAAGCCUCCGUUGAAGGUGCUCGGGAGUCAGCGCAGGAGUUUUGGUUGCAACGCCCAACCGCCGUUUCACCUGUUUUGUAA